GCGUUUCAUUGGAUGUACUUAGAUAUUUGUGCGAGAGUUUUGAUUAUUUCAAAUUGCAAAUAUUUAAAUUAGAAAUAUGGAUGAGACCAGUUCCUACUCAAUGUAUUACUUCACAACCACCACCAUUGGUAUAAUAUCGGUAGUCCUAAAUCUCCUUUGGGUUGUCAAAGAUCUUGGUGGUUUUGCCUGGAGCUCAAAGACAUCACAAUUUAACUGGCAUCCAUUUUUGAUGUUAUUCAGUUUUGUGUUCAUAUACUCACAGUCAAUUUUAGUAUAUCGAACAGGAAAACGUCACAUGUCUAAGCCUAACCUGAAAUAUCUCCAUGCUUUCCUACAUGUAGUUUCAUUUAUUUGCGCUGUAAUUGGUUUACAUGCAGCUUUUGAAUCGAAUGUGAAAGGCGAAAGAGAAAAUUUGCAUUCAUUACAUUCGUGGAUUGGAAUAAUCACUGUAAUUAUUUUUGCAGUACAGCUCUUGUGUGGAUUAUCUGCCUACCUAUUUCCAGUAUUGGAAAGCAAUGCGAAAGCUUUAUUUUUUCCACACCACGUAUUUUAUGGUACCAUGGCUUUUGUAUUGGCAAUUAUAACUACUAUAUCUGGUGUAACUGAAAUGACGAUGCUUGUGCCCAAUUAUUCAACCCUUCCGUCAGUAGCCUAUCUAAUAAACAUAAUGGGAAUUACUAUAGUUAUGCAUGGAGUCCUUACGCUUUAUCUGCUGUUCAAACCAGAAUUUGGAACCCUUCCGUUGGCGAAUAACUAACGAAAUAAUAAUAGAGGUGCAAUAAAACCAGAUGAUAUUUCUAGUCUUUUCAAAAAAUAUUCAUUUUCUGCUGAAACCUGGCAUAAACUUAGAUACAAUCAAUAAAAUCG